UGGGAGUUAAUACAGAAACUCUACCAGUGGGAGUUAAUACAGAAACUCUGAGAGUGCGGAUUAAUACAGAAACUCUGAGAGUACGGGUUAAUACAGAAACUCUAGCAGUGGGAGUUAAUACAGAAACUCUAGCAGUGGGAGUUAAUACAGAAACUCUACCAGUGGGAGUUAAUACAGAAACUCUAGCAGUGGGAGUUAAUACAGAAACUCUGAGAGUGCGGAUUAAUACAGAAACUCUGAGAGUGCGGGUUAAUACUGAAACUCUGAGAUUGCGGGUUAAUACAGAAACUCUAGCAGUGGGAGUUAAUACAGAAACUCUAGCAGUGGGCGUUAAUACAGAAACUCUGAGAGUGCGGGUUAAUACAGAAACUCUAAGAUUGCGGGUUAAUACAGAAACUCUGAGAUUGCGGGUUAAUACAGAAACUCUGAGAUUGCGGGUAAAUACUGAAACUCUGAGAGUGCGGGUUAAUACAGAAACUCUCAGAUUGCGGGUUAAUACAGAAACUCUGAGAGUACGGAUUAAUACUGAAACUCCAACAGUGGAAGUUAAUACAGAAACUCUGAGAGUGCGGGUUAAUACAGAAACUCUAGCAGUGGGAGUUAAUACAAAAACUCUAGCAGUGGGGGUUAAUACAGAAACUCUGAGAGUGUGGGUUAAUACAGAAACUGUAGCAGUGGGAGUUAAUACAAAAACUUUGAGAGUACGGGUUAAUACAGAAACUCUAGCAGUGGGAGUUAAUACAUAA